UCUAUUUUUGCCAUCGAAAUUUCUUCCUCCACCAAAUGGCUCGAAAGUCAAUGUUUAAAAUAAACCUAAUGCUCUAGCAGCGUCGAGAGAGUUCCUUCUUAUACCUUUUUAAUACCGCACCAGCGCUGCAGAGUGAUCAUUCAACAAUCAAGUGCUUUACAGUAUCGAGUUUUACUGUGUCUGGGAGGUACUCUGUGAUUCACAGAUCAUUUUCAAAUUUAUAAGAAAUAACAAGCAAUCAUGACGAUAUCAGAUUCAUCAAGAAAAUUGACUCCUCAAGAAUGGAAGGAGAAAGGAAACGAGGAAUUUAAUAAAGGCAAUUGGUUCGAAGCUCUAAGAUGUUAUACUUCGGCAUUGAAUCUUACAAAAGAAGAAAAUGUGGAUAAAGCAAUUUAUUUCAAAAAUCGUGCUGCUGCCUACUUGAAGCAAGGUGAUUAUGGCAAUGUGAUUAAAGAUUGCGACUCCGCUUUGAAGAUAUGUCCAAACGAUCCAAAAGCAUUAUUUCGCCGCUGUCAAGCUCUCGAUGCUUUGCAAAGAUACGAGGAAGCAUAUCGAGAUGCAGCAAAAGUAGUUUCUCUUGAUCCAAAUAACAAAGCUAUUCAGCCAAUCAUUGCUCGCCUGUUUGAGAUAGUACAGGAACGUAACAGAGAAAAUUCCCGUGUGAAUGCUAAGGUAGCACAAAUGUUUGAAGUUGCGUUUGACAUAAGUAAGGAUAAAGAACAUCGUGAAUCUGGAAUGAACAAUCUUCUUGUACUUGCAAAAGAAAGAGCUGGUGCAGAAGUUAUGUUCAAGGAAGGAAUUGUGUCAAAAAUAAUGAAACUACUGAAAAUUGAGAAAAAUGAAGAGAUACUAAUUACUGCAAUACGUAUCGUAGCAGAAUUAUGCAAAAACAACGCGGACAGGCAGACUCAGAUUAUAAAGGAACUGGGCCUUCCCUGGUUUUUGGAAAUGAUUAACAGUAAGAAUCAAGAAAGGGUUAAUGCUGCUCAAUAUUGCAUGCAGAUCAUUCUUAACACAUAUAGCGGGUUGGAGAACAAACCUGACUCAAAACCAGAUGAAAAAAUGUGUGUACGCUUCAAAGCUGAAAUUGACACAUUGCUUACUUGUUUAGUGUACAGUGUAACAAGUCGUGUAAUAUCUGGACAAGCUCGUGAUGCCAUUAUAGAAUUAAUUAUACGCAAUGUUCACUAUACCACAUUAAACUGGGCAGAAAGACUCGUAGAGAUUCAUGGCUUACAUCGUCUGAUGGAAGUAGCUAGUGAGCUCGAAGAAUAUAAAUAUGAAUCUGCCAUGGAAAUAACAUCAUCAACCCGCACCGUUACCAGUGUGUGCUUGGCACGCAUUUAUGAAAACAUGUACUAUGAUGCUGCAAAGGAAAAAUUUACGAAUGCUAUUGAUGAAUUCAUCAAAGAUAAACUGCUGACACCAGAUAUAGAGUCAAAGGUUCGAGUUAUCGUUGCCUUGACCACUUUAUUGUUGGGUCCGCUAGAUGUUGGAAAUGCAUUUCUGGCAAAGGAAGGAAUUAUGGAGAUGAUUCUUGUAAUGGCAGGAACCGACGAUCCACUACAACAGAAAGUUGCUUGCGAAUGUAUUAUUGCUGCAGCUUCGAAAAAGGACAAAGCAACAGCGAUCAUAUCUCAAGGUGUAAAUAUACUGAAGAAAUUAUAUCACUCAAAGGACGAUUCAAUUCGCGUAAGAGCGCUAGUGGGUUUGUGCAAAUUGGGUGGUUCUGGUGGAACAGACGCGACUUUUAGACCAUUCGCAGACGGGGCGACGAAAAAGCUGGCUGAAGCUUGUCGGAAGUUUCUGGUUAAUCCUAACAAACAAAACGACAUGAGCAAGUGGGCAGUGGAAGGACUUUCUUAUCUUACUUUCGACGCAGAAGUGAAAGAGAAAUUAAUUGAGGACAAGGAAGCCAUUCAAGCAAUGAUAGAUCUUGCAAAAACUGGUGAUCAAUCGGUCAUUUAUGGCGUAGUCACUACUUUGGUUAAUCUCUGUAAUGCAUAUGACAAGCAGGAAAUGUUACCAGAGAUGGUUGAGUUGGCAAAGUUUGCCAAACAUCAUAUACCGGAAGAGCACGAAUUUGACGACCCAGACUUCGUUAAUAAAAGACUUCUUACUUUGGCCAAAGCGGGAGUGACCAGUGCAUUAGUUAGCCUGUCAAAGACGGAAAGUGAAAACAGCAAAGAACUUAUAGCGAGAGUGUUCAAUGCAAUUUGCAGUCAGCACGAAGUUCGUGGAAUUGUUGUGCAGCAAGGUGGUGCGAAGGCUCUUUUACCUUUGGCCCUACAAGGUACAGACAAGGGGAAGAAACAAGCUGCGCAGGCACUCGCUCGGAUUGGAAUCACCAUAAAUCCAGAGGUAGCAUUCCCUGGACAAAGGAUGAUGGAAGUGGUACGACCUUUUGUUAAUCUCCUCAAACCGGAAUGUUCUGCCUUGGAGAACUUUGAAUCUUUAAUGGCACUGUGUAAUUUAGCUGGUGUAAGUGAAAGUGUGAGGCAGCGAAUUAUAAAAGAAGGAGCGUUUCCCAAAAUCGAAGCAUACAUGUUCGAGGAGCAUGUUAUGCUGAAACGUGCAGCAACGCAGGCUGUCAACAAUCUAGUCAUGUCUGAUAGCAUUGUCUCCUUAUUUGAGGAUGAGAACGAUAGGUUAAAAUAUAUUCUAAUUCUUUGCCAAGAAGAGGACGAAGAAACGAGUGUAGCUGCUAGUGGCACAUUAGCCAUGUUGACUUCAGCAAGUCAGAAGAUUUGCAAAAAGAUCCUUGACAUCAAAGUGUGGUUAGAAUGCUUCAAAUUUUUAAUUGCCAAUCCAAAUCCAGAUAUCCAGCAUCGAGGAGUUUUUGCAAUACUAAAUACAAUAAAUAGUUCUAUGGAAAAUGCUUCCAAAAUCGUCGAGACAGACAUUCUGGAAAUUCUAAUGGCACUAACAAAAAGUGACACGGUGCAAAAUAAGAAAGUUAUUGAAUUGGCAAAUGAAGCGUUAAAAGCUGCUGCAAAGUGGAAUCUUAUUAAAGAAAAUGUUGAUGAUCUACAGGCACCACUUGCAGAGACAACAGCUUCUGUUGACUGAUUAAAUUAGCUUUAAAUUCAUUACUGGUUCAAUAUAUAUUCAAAAUCUGUUAAAUGAGAAGUUUCCGGUUUUUGAAUUCUGACUAUAAAAAUAAUAAAACUUGUUCCACGAUAGGAUCAAAUGUAAUAACUAGCAGAACAAGAAAUCGUGUGUUAUAGACUGAUUGAACAUUUAUUGCAACUAAUAUAUAUAUAUAUACACAAUUUUUAUAUUUACAGUAUUAGAACCAUGACUGUUUAGUAAGUCAAGUGCCUUAUCGAAUUCUGUAUUCGCAUCGACAUACUUUGAUUUUUAAUAUAGUCUAUUGUAUAUUUUUUUCUUAAUAUGGCUUCAAUUGAUUGUGCCAAAAUAAUGCAGUUAUUUAUAAUUUAUAAUGUAUGGCUACGUAUUUUACCGUAGUGCUAAUAAAAUAUAUUCUUCAUAUUA